AUGUCGGCAUUCAGUUGGAUAUUUUCAAGCACACAGAAACGCAGGAACCGCUGCAACAAGCACGAAAUGUGGUUAGUUGCGAAAAACAGUUCCCUGCUGUCGCCUGAUCUAACGCUGAUCAUUUUACAUAUUGCCUUAAGAAAUUUAAGAGUGUUGGGGUCCAUCGGGCCGAGAACCUCGAUACAUAUUGGCAAGAAUUCCAUCGAGGGGAGGGCAUUCCCAUAUUUUUUCAUUUUCUCGUCUGCUGCCCUGGCCGAAGAGCUAUUGAAUUUAAUUGCCAGGUCAUAUAGGAGCCAGCGAGCACAACGCACAGUAGCACAAAAUGUCCAUUGUGCAAAAAUAGCAUUAGAUUUAAUAUUAGGAUUACAAAAACUGAAACCAAUUAAAUAG